AUGUCAUCAUCACGCCAACAUUUUCAAGACAACACAAAUGUCAAAUGUUCGAAUCGUAUCAUUUUCCUAUGGAUCAUCCUCUUCUUCAUCACACUCUCUACCACAUGUUGGAUAGUUUUUAUAUAUUCAUUCCGAACCAAUCAUUCCCAAACGAGCUGGAAACAACUCGCCAUGGAAUGGAUCGAACCAUAUUUCAUCUCUUCCACUCCAUCACCUCUCUUUUCCAAAAUUCUUCAACGAGACAAACAUAUUCAUGAGCGACUGAAACAGAAAUUUUACUCACGGAGACAAUUCUUGAAUCAUUUCUCUCAAGAUGAUUCUUCGACGAGUCGAGAGGGACCAUCAUCAUUGAUCCCAACAUCCACUCACUCAACUGGUGCUUCUAUGGAUAUUAGCAGCACAACAUCAUCACGACCUUGGUAUUUGAAACAAUCCAUUAUUCAAGUCUUGUCACAAAAAAAUCUGAGUUCACUUUGUGAAUGUGUGAAUUCAACUUCGACUGCUCGAUGGAUGGCAGAACAUUAUGAACAACUCAAAAAUAAGACCCUUAAUCAAGUAUUACUUCCUGGAACACAUGACUCACUCACCUAUGAUAUUAAUUUUUAUAAUAAUCGAUCAGCGCUCAUGUUUUCCAAUGAUAUUGAUUCAAUGCUUCUUAAAUUAUUCAAUCUACCCUUUGUUUCAAAACCAUUCAUGUACAUGAUUAUGGUUCCUUGGGCCAACACUCAGAGUUGUCAUGUGACUCAACAAUUAAUGCAUGGAAUUCGAUAUUUUGAUAUUCGAAUUUGUAAAGAUGAAAGAGAGCCACUAGUUCAGAAUCGAUUCAAAUCUUGUCACAAUUAUUUUGGAUCCUACAUUUCAGAAGUUUUGGAACAAGUAGUGGAUUUUUUGACCAACGUUUCACCGUAUGAAUUUCUCGUAUUGGAUUUUAAUCAUUUUUAUGGAAUGGAUGCGGACGAUCAUGAAUUUUUUGCCAAUUAUAUUGCAACUACUCUGAAUCAUUUACUUGUUCAACCUUCACAAUUUGAAAUGCAAACGAAAUUGGAAAAUUUAUGGAAAACUUCAAAACGAAUCUAUGCCUUCUACAGUGAAAAUGUCAUUCCCAAAUCUGUCACAGGUUAUCUAUGGAACAGCAGCAAUAUUGAUUACGCUUGGGCAGAUACAACCAGCAUGGAUUAUCUCAAUGAAUAUAAUAUUGCUGUUUUGGUGGAGAGACAACAAGUCAUGCAUCAUUUCUUAAAUUUACAACUCGUGUUAACUCCAGGCAUGAUCGAUUUUGUGAACGGAUUUACCAAACGACCCUAUUCUGUGCUAGAUCUCUCAUAUAUGGUCGCUCAACAAUUACCAAAAUGGAUUUCUCAAGAUUACAACAGUACACUCCUCAACGUGAUCACUUGUGAUUUUUAUCACUUGUUUAAUUUCACAGAGGUGGUUAUUGCAAGAAAUUUUCAGAACUAA